GCGGCGUCCUACCGCACAAACGCUUCGCACGUCAAGCAGGCGAUGCGGGGCUGCAAAUGGUCUUGUUGUUUGUCUCACACAUUUAGGAGUUCAAGUUGCUGAAAGCUUGAAGCGCCCUCAUAGAAAUGCCCACGUUUGAUCUCGUUGCUGUCGGUUGCGGUGGUGGCCCGGACGAACGAAAUUUGUCAUGCUACUUCCUCAAACCGAGCGGCGUGCCAUGGUCGGAUGGUAUCAUAGCACUGGAAGCAGGUUCAGGCAUUGGAGCGCUUGAUAUGCUGCUUCACAAGCAGCCUGAUUUGUUUGGCACCAAAGCACACGAAGGAGGCAAUACUGCGGCAGAAGUCUAUUCGUGGAUUCGGUGUUUCCUGAUAUCUCAUGCACAUUUAGAUCAUACUAAUGGCUUAGUGUUGGCGGCAACUACUAUUGACGAGCGACAGAGACCCGUUUUCGGAACUUCCCAAUGCAUGGAAGACCUCCAGCUACUGUUCAACAACCGGAUAUGGCCUAAAUUAGCUUCUCCCAGUGAAGAGAGCGGUCUGCCGCUCCUAUUGCGCACGCUGCCCACAGACGGCCAAUACCACACCGUCUCGCCGCACAUUUCCGUCCUAGCCAUGCCGCUCACCCACGGGUGCACCAGCAGCACACUCGGCGCGUCCUAUCCCUCCACCGCGUUCUUCCUCCGCCACGACCGCUUCGCGCGCGAGCUGCUCUUCCUCGGGGACGUCGAGCCGGACCGCAUCUCCUCCCAUCCGCAAAAUCGAGCCGUGUGGCGCACCGCGGCGGGGAAGGUGCCCGGUGUGCUGAACGCGCUGUUCGUGGAGUGCUCGUACCCCGCUGGGAGGCCGGCCGAUAGGCUGUAUGGACACAUGAGCCCGGAACACCUUGCGGAGGAGAUGAGGGUACUGGCAGGGGAGGUCGUCGCGUUCCGAAGGGGAAGCGCCUCACAGCAAUUGUCGUCCGGGAUGUUGAACGAUCUUCGCGGUGCGCUGGAGGGGAUUAAGCUGUACAUCAUUCACUGCAAGGACGACGCGCAGGGGGCGUAUACCGAGCCCAUGCCACAGGUGAUCGCCAGGCAGGUCCGUGCGCUUGUGGACGCACAGGAGCUCGGGCUGGAGGUGAUUGCGGUCGAGCAGGGGAUGCAUAUAUCCAUCUGAGAUAAACAAUCCGUCCGAGCAUAUAUACUGGACAAUUCGCCCUCAUAUUCCGUUCCUGCCGUCCAAACCGGCAGAGCGUUACGUAUUUAUCUUGUAAGCCUAACCCCACUCUCACAGCCUGCACAGAUUUAUUUUUCCAUGGGAAACCUGAUGAAAAAAUGGUGAAAAUAUCUUAAGUCUGGAUAUGGAAAUAGUUUGGAAAUCGGGCGGAGACAAUUGAAUUAUGUUACAAUUGC